CAUUUAUUAAGUUACAUUAUUGCCUGAUUUCAGAUGUUUUUGUUAGUUUUAUAUUGAGUUCAGUCAGUGAACCUCCCCAAGGAUCUGAAAAUACCAUGAGGAGGGCCUUCAGUAGGUGCAAGAAAUGGCAGAUCCCAUCCCCCUCACUUCCUUGAAUCCCACUGUGAUCAGUCAAUCUCAGGGACAAUCCCUCAAUGGAGUUGAACCUGGAUCUGAUACAUGUGACUUGUCAACGGAAAUGUUUUCAUCUGUCAAAGUUCGAUAUCAUCGAAUACCAGAAGGUGAAGGAGAGGAACCUCCAUCAAAAGUCCCAUCUGGACCAGAGGAGGAGGAGGGGACAGCAAGCGUUACAGAACCUCCAGAAGCUAUGAAAGUCCGCCUCAUUUAUGUAAAUCGCCCUCAGCCCACUCGGUAUUGCUCGAAUAGAGUUUCCACAGCCAAGUAUGGACCCAUCUCCUUCUUCCCUUGCUUCCUACUGGAGCAGUUUCGAAGAUACUCCAAUUGUUUCUUCCUUUUCAUUGCCUUGUUGCAGCAAAUCCCAGAUGUAUCCCCCACAGGAAGAUACACUACUCUUGUGCCACUCAUCUUCAUUCUCACUGUGUCUGCAGUGAAAGAAAUCAUUGAGGACAUUAGCAGGGUUAAACUAAUCGCCUGUAAGAUCCUUUCCCAUGUACAAGAUGUCAAGAGCUCCGUCAAUCUCAUUCCUGUGAAGGCCCCUCACGUGGUGAUUCUCAUCGAAGAUCUCCCCGCAGCAGUGGCAGAACUCCACAUCGAAGUCGCGGAGCCCUGGCGCCUCCUGGUGGUCGCACUCCGUGUGGCUUCAGAUUCGGUGUUCCUUCGUAGGUUCCGAUGUGCCCGCGUGGUGGCACGACUGCGGCGAGUGCGGGUGGUACUUGUGGAUGUGAUUAUCUGCAUUAUUGGGGUUUUCUGGGUCGUGGAACGGUUGACAAAGGUUCUUGUAUUCACAGUCCAUCAGGUGCUCCACAUGCGUCAUGUGCACUAA